UUCGUUCGUUCGUCAGUUUCUUUCGGCUAUCGUUGCGUAAGAAAUGCCAGUUAUGUUAAUUUUUCAAAAAAAUGGACAAGAAAUAACGACUCAAGGGAAAUAACUGCAUCAACAAGUUUGGUACAAAAUGGUGUCAGAAGUAUAAGAGCAUCCAAACUCACAGUGGAUAAUAUCAAGGAUUAUGAUGAAAACAUUGGAUGCCCAAUCUGCAGAAGAAACAUUACCUUCACUUAUAAAGUACUCAAUAACAGCAUGAAAUAUGUUUUAUUUGCAGGGGUUCUUCCUAAACUGUCACCAAUCCUGAUAAGAGAGCUGGAAAGCCAAAAGCAGGCUCAGGAAUAAAGUCACAAGUCAAUCACAAACUUGAGUCACUGGUCACUUUGGGAUCAGCAUCCAGCUGAAUACGAUGUCUUAUCAGAAUCAUGUUUUUCACAAUUGACAAGCCCAGUCUUACUCUGGUGGUAAAAGAGAAGUCCUCAGAAAGACCUGCUGACCUAUUUUUUUGCCUCAUGGAAAUAUUCUCCAAGAAAAAAUGGAAGCAGAAUACUAUAUUUAUUCUGUUUUUUAAAUGACAACAGACUCACUUAUAAGCAGUGAUUUCAUCAAUCUUUGCAAACAACGUAAGGAUAAUAGUAUGCUUAUUUGGUAAAAUGUCAUUCAAAUAACAACAAAUUCAUUUAAAUUUUUUUUGUAUGGGUUCUGCAUGACUGAAAUACCUGAAAAGCUUUUAGAUGACUCAAAUAAAAAUGAUAGCACAACAU